AUGGACCGGUUGGUCCAAUUGGCCUGUUGGUCCUAUGGACCGGUUGGACCAACUGCCCUGUUGGUCCUAUGGACCGGUUGGACCAACUGGCGUGUUGGUCCUAUGGACCGGUUGGACCAACUGGCGUGUUGGUCCUAUGGACUAGUUGGACCAACUGGCGUGUUGGUCCUAUGGACCGGUUGGACCAACUGGCGUGUUGGUCCUAUGGACCGGUUGGACCAACUGGCCUGUUGGUCCUAUGACCGGUUGGACCAACUGGCCUGUUGGUCCUAUGGACCGGUUGGACCAACUGGCCUGUUGGUCCUAAGGACCGGUUGGACCAACUGGCCUGUUGGUCCUAUGGACCGGUUGGACCAACUGGCCUGUUGGUCCUAUGGACCGGUUGGACCAACUGGCCUGUUGGUCCUAUGGACCGGUUGGACCAACUGCCCUGUUGGUCCUAUGGACCGGUUGGACCAACUGCCUUGUUGGUCCUAUGGACCGGUUGGACCAACUGGCCUGUUGGUCCUAUGGACCGGUUGGACCAACUGCCCUGUUGGUCCUAUGGACCGGUUGGACCAACUGGCCUGUUGGUCCUAUGGACCGGUUGGACCAACUGGCCUGUUGGUCCUAUGGACCGGUUGGACCAACUGGCCUAAUGGUCCUAUGGACCGGUUGGACCAACUGCCCUGUUGGUCCUAUGGACCGGUUGGACCAACUGGCCUGUUGGUCCUAUGGACCGGUUGGACCAACUGCCCUGUUGGUCCUAUAGACCGGUUGGACCAACUGGCCUGUUGGUCCUAUGGACCGGUUGGACCAACUGCCCUGUUGGUCCUAUGGACCGGUUGGACAAACAGGCCUGUUGGUCCUAUGGACCGGUUGGACCAACUGGCCUGUUGGUCCUAUGGACCGGUUGGACCAACUUGCCUGUUGGUCCUAUGGACCGGUUGGACCAACUUGCCUGUUGUUCCAAUGGACCGGUUGGACCAACUAGCGUGUUGGUCCUAUGGACCGGUUGGACCAACUGGCCUGUUGUUCCAAUGGACCGGUUGGACCAACUGGCCUGUUGUUCCAAUGGACCGGUUGGACCAACUGGCCUGUUGGUCCUAUAGACCGGUUGGACCAACUGGCCUGUUGGUCCUAUGGACCGGUUGGACCAACUGGCCUGUUGGUCCUAUGGACCGGUUGGACCAACUGGCCUGUUGGUCCUAUGGACCGGUUGGACCAACUGGCCUGUUGGUCCUAUGGACCGGUUGGACCAACUGGCGUGUUGGUCCUAUGGACCGGUUGGACCAACUGGCGUGUUGGUCCUAUGGACCGGUUGGACCAACUGGUGUGUUGGUCCUAUGGACCGGUUGGACCAACUGGCCUGUUGGUCCUAUGGACCGGUUGGACCAACUGGCGUGUUGGUCCUAUGGACCGGUUGGACCAACUGGCCUGUUGGUCCUAUGGACCGGUUGGAUCAACUGGCCUGUUGGUCCUAUGGACCGUUGGACCAACUUGCCUGUUGGUCCUACGGACCGGUUGGACCAACUGGAGUGUUGGUCCUAUGGACCGUUUGGACCAACUGGCCUGUUGGUCCUAUGGACCGGUUGGAGCAACUGGCAUGUUGUUCCAAUGGACCUGUUGGACCAACUGACGUGUUGGUCCUAUAGACCGGUUGGACCAACUGGCCUGUUGGUCCUAUGGACCGGUUGGACCAACUGGCCUGUUGGUCCUAUGGACCGGUUGGACCAACUGGCCUAUUGGUCCUAUGGACCGGUUGGACCAACUGACGUGUUGGUCCUAUGGACCGGUUGGACCAACUUGCCUGUUGGUCCUAUGGACCGGUUGGACCAACUGGCAUGUUGGUCCUAUGGACCGGUUGGACCAACUGGCCAGUUGGUCCUAUGGACCGGUUGGACCAACUGGCCUGUUGGUCCUAUGGACCGGUUGGACCAACUGGCCUGUUGGUCCUAUGGACCGGUUGGACCAACUGGCCUGUUGGUCCUAUGGACCGGUUGGACCAAGUGGCCUGUUGGUCCUAUGGACCGGUUGGACCAACUGGCAUGUUGGUCCAAUGGACCGGUUGGACCAACUGGCUUGUUGGUCCUAUGGACGGGUUGGACCAAGUGGCCUGUUGGCCGAAUGGACCGGUUGGACCAACUUGCCGGUUGGUCCUAUGGACCGGUUGGACCAACUGGCCUGUUGGUCCUAUGGACCGGUUGGACCAAUUGGCCUGUUGGUCCUAUGGACCGGUUGGACCAACUGGCGUGUUGUUCCAAUGAACCGGUUGGACCAACUGGCGUGUUGGUCCUAUGGACCCGUUGGACCAACUGGCGUGUUGGUCCUAUGGACCGGUUGGACCAACUGGCAUGUUGGUCCUAUGGACCGGUUGGACCAACUGACCUGUUGGCCGAAUGGACAAGUUGGACCAACUGGCCUGUUGGUGCUAUGGACCGGUUGGACCAACUUGCCUGUUGGUCCUAUGGACCGGUUGGACCAACUGGCGUGUUGGUCCUAUGGACUCGUUGGACCAACUGGCGUGUUGGUCCUAUGGACCGGUUGGACCAACUGGCCUGUUGGUCCUAUGGACCGGUUGGACCAAGUGGUCUGUUGGCCGAAUGGACCGGUUGGACCAACUUGCUAGUUGGUCCUAUGGACCGGUUGGACCAAUUGGCCUGUUGGUCCUAUGGACCGGUUGGACCAACUGGCAUGUUGGUCCUAUGGACCGGUUGGACCAAUUGGCCUGUUAGUCCUAUGGACCGGUUGGAGCAACUGGCCUGUUGGUCCUAUGGACCGGUUGGACCAACUGGCCUGUUGGUCCUAUGGACCGGUUGGACCAACUGGCCUGUUGGUCCUAUGGACCGAUUGGACCAACUGGCCUGUUGGUCUUAUGAACCGGUUGGACCAACUGGCCUGUUGGUCCUAUGGACCGGUUGGACCAACUGGCCUGUUGGUCCUAUGGACCGGUUGGAGCAACUGGCCUGUUGGUCCUAUGGACCGGUUGGACCAACUUGCAUGUUGGUCCUAUGGACCGAUAGAACCAACUGGCCUGUUGGUCCUAUGGACCGGUUGGACCAACUUGCAUGUUGGUCCUAUGGAUCGAUAGAACCAACUGACCUGUUGGCCGAAUGGACCAGUUGGACCAACUUGCAUGUUGGUCCUAUGGACCGGUUGGACCAACUGGCCUGUUGGCCGAAUGGACCGGUUGGACCAACUGGCAUGUUGGUCCUAUGGACCGGUUGGACCAACUGGCCUGUUGGCCGAAUGGACCGUUUGGACCAACUGGCAUGUUGGUCCUAUGGACCGGUUGGACCAACUGGCCUGUUGGUCUUAUGGACCGGUUGGACCAACUGGCCUGUUGGUCCUAUGGACCGGUUGGACCAACUGGCCUGUUGGUCUUAUGGACCGGUUGGACCAACUGGCCUGUUGGUCCUAUCGACCGGUUGGACCAACUGGCGUGUUGGUCCUAUGGACCGAUUGGACCAACUAGCCUGUUGGUCCUAUGGACCGGUUGGACCAACUGGCGUGUUGGUCCUAUGGACCGGUUGGACCAACUAG